AUGGCAAACAGGUUGCGGGAGGGGGAGAACAGCGGGAGCGGAGGGCAGCCCGCGGGGGAAGGAGGCGGACAAAGGGCGGUGGGGGCGAGCGCCGGCAGGGCGGGGGGCGCGGAGCCCACACUGCGGCACGGCCGAGGGGGCGCCGGGCUGAGGCGCUCAACAGGCGCUGCCGCCCCGCCGGGACGGGCGCCGGCACAUGGCAGGAGCCGCGCUCGCCGCCAGCCCCGUGCCAGGCGGCGGCGGCCGGGAAGGGGCUUGGUCGCCGCUCGGCGGGGCUGCCGCGCUGCCGGGGAUCGGCCGGCCGGGACCCACCCUGCCCGCUCAGCCGGGGCGAGCAGCCCGGCCGGCAGCGCCGCCGCUUCCUUUGUGUGCGUGAGGGGAGCUGCGGCGGGUUCCCCCGGCGGGCUGUCAGCGCUGCCCGCGAGGAGGCGGGGAAGGGAAGGGACGGGAAGGGAAGGGAGGAGGCGAGGGAAGGCGCUGGCAGGGCGGCUCUCCCAUCCCCGUCACAAGGUAAGCCCUACUCCCCAGGGCGGAGAGAGGCGCUGGAAGCGCCGCAGGGCCCUUUCCGUGACCUGCCGAGCGGCUUCGCCCAGCCCCGGAGAGCGGGUCACGGCCGCCUCCUGCUCCCCGGCGGCGCGGGGGGCCGAGCGCGGGCUGCGGCGGCAGCGCGGAGCGGCUCCGGCACUUUGCGAUGGGCAGGCGGCAGCGGCGGCCGGACAGCAGCGGGGGCAGACGCGGGGCUCGCAGCUAAGGGGCGAGGAGGAGGGACCAUGGCCGCAUCCAGCAACUCCAGUUUGUCCGGCUCGUCGGUUUCCUCCGAUGCUGAAGAAUACCAGCCUCCAAUAUGGAAAUCAUACUUGUAUCAAUUGCAACAAGAGGCACCACGUCCCAAGAGAAUCAUCUGUCCUCGGGAGGUGGAGAACAGGCCAAAGUAUUAUGGAAGAGAGUUUCACGGGAUCAUUUCUCGGGAGCAAGCAGAUGAAAUACUUGCUGGCGUAGAAGGAGCAUAUAUCCUCAGAGAAAGCCAGCGGCAACCCGGCUGCUAUACUCUUGCUCUCAGAUUUGGUAAUCAGACCCUAAACUACAGGUUGUUCUAUGAUGGGAAGCACUUCGUUGGGGAGAAAAGGUUUGAAUCAAUCCACGAUCUGGUUACAGAUGGCUUGAUAACAUUGUAUAUAGAAACAAAGGCUUCUGAGUAUAUUUCCAAAA